ACCUACGUACGGUAGAGGGGCCAACCCGUCAGAAGCUCGCUCGCAGUCUCGCGCAAGAUCAGCUCGGUGAUCGAUCUCAUUUUUCUCCGUGCAGCAUAUAUAACAAUAAUAAUAUAUUCUCAGACCCUUGCGAGUUGGUCUUCUGCAGCAGCUCUCAGUAUAUACCCUCAGUAGUCUCAGUGUGCUCCGUUCUGCCCGUCGGACAGCACGCUUACAAUAUAGUUGAAUAACUUAUUCAAAACAAAACCCACACACACAUACUCAAAAUGAGUACCACCGAGAAGAGCGAUGUAGCCGUCGAGAAGGUGACGGAGAACGCCAAGACCAACAACGUGAGCGACAAGUGUGAAAUCAAAGGCAUCAAGAGGGCGGCAGAGGACAAGGAAGACCUGUCCAAGAAACAAAAGAAAGAUAAAGAGGAGAACGGCGCCGACAAUGACGAUAACAAAGUGGUGACCGAUGAAGGCGACGAUCUGGAAGACAAUGUUGACGGAGAUGAUGACGAAGACGAAGAUGAGGAGGAAGAAGACGUGCCCGAAGAAGAAUUAGACGAUAAUGAAGAUGAUGACGAUGACGAAGGCGAUGACCAACAUGAAGAUGAUGAUGAGGAUCCCGAGGAAGCCGCAUAAUGAAGGAAAGAAGAGGCGCGUGUAAGGAAAAAGAGAGGCGGAGGAAGCCCGACGGUGUGUCUGCAACUUCGUCGUCGCUGUUCGUCUACGUCGAUGUUGUCGGUAGUAAUCACGAGCAAAACACUUACUCUCAUAUUGAGCGGUUUGAGUAGCACACCAGCGUCGUUGACGACAACCAUCGGCUAAAUCCUCCCGAUCUCUGCAAUCUCUUCAUUAAAAUAACAUCAACAACAACAACAAACAAACAACAACAACAACAAAAGCAGCAGCAACAUCAACAGCUGACGCCUUGCUGGAGUUGCGUUGGGCCGACACAUUUUAUCGACCAUUCAUCCUCCACAUUAUCCACCUUAUUGAGAAGCGAAAUUUCACUACUUAGCAAGGAGAUCAACUAAAAGCAGAUAAUAGUCAUUGGAGAUUUCGUCAUCAACAGUAGUUGUAGUACUUGUAGCAGUAGCACCAGCAGCAGCAACAGUAACAACAUGCUAAUCCUAUCCACUAAUGCCCUAUUCCUUCGUCGGUCUCGGCACCUACGCAAUUCUGGCCACCUAGCAAUCACCAAAUACUUGCUAGGUCGUUUGACGGAUAAAGAAAAAGCUAUUAGUUCGCCUAAUCAGUAAGACACAUCAGGAAACAAAAAAUAAAUAAAACAGAAAAAAAGCAGAUCGUGAAAAACAUAGCAGACUUUGUCACUGUGUUUGCUAUGUCACGCAGCCCUUUCCUUCUUUCAAAACUGUAAAAUGUCUACUUUGUCAUUUAUUUUUUCCUGGACGACUGCUACCUGCUUGCGAAACACCUUCUUUUUUACGAACGGACGAAGCAAUGGUAGCAGAAAUAUUUGAACAAAUAACAAGGCAAUUAUCAAUGCACAUGUUUACCUCAUCAUCAUUUGUAUGUCUAUAUUUUACAAAAAAAAAAAAAAAAAAAAAAAAAAAAAAAAAAAAAAAAAUACAC